AUGCCCAAUGGUUCUAUAUUCUUCAAACCCUAUGUACGCGGACCAAACGAUAUUGCGGAGAUAAGACUAACACCAAAGGACGUUCCCGAUUCCAAAUAUGCAAAAGACUUUAGUUGUUGGGCAACUGUGAAAGAAAGAAUUGUAACGGGUCUCAAAAUAGUCCGGCAAAUCGACAAUAGGAAUUUUCAUGACAAACAGAUUGAAUUAAAAAAUGAGGUCACAGAACAUGAAUUUUCUAGGCAGUUUUCUGGAAAAGAAGUUGGAAGGCUAUUCUAUAGAACAAUUACUAGACCGAAUUUCACGGAGCCUCCAAUAUGCUUAGUUUGUAAACGAGACAACGAGAAUUGUGGAGAUUGCGGACCGCUCUAUUGGAUACCAGAGCUUCCCGCGUUUUUUGCGAUGCACCACAUCUGUGCUUUGACGCUUAUUCAUGGCGAUUUGUCAUUUUGCAAAAGGAAUAAGAAGCCGAAAAUACAAUUUGACGAUCCAUUCACCCACUAUUUUCAACAAACGAGUUUGCAAGAAUUUUCAAGACUUCUUCGAGUGGCGUCCAGGGUGAGAUGUUCGGCAAAAAUAUGCCGAGCGCGCGCAAGAAUUGGCGCUCACACACGCUGCCAGAAUAAAUGUAUAAUGUUCGAUUCGCUGAAAAAAACGCAAUGCAAGCGCCAUUUUCAUUAUCCAUGCUUCUUGGAAAGCGGCGGUUUCUAUUUUUUCGACGACGGACAGUAUUGGGGCACUUGCCAUUUGUAUCGAGAUCAAGUUGUUCGGCCGAAGCUUGUCGAAUGUCUGAAUGACAUGAUUCCCUCAAGCAGUUUUUAUUCGAAAAUUCCGCAAAAUGUUAGCCUUGAUGGUAUGAGGAAGUAUAUGAAAUCUCAAAAAUGUUUCUAUUGCUCGAAGGAAGUCAAUGGAUACUUGAUACCACAAAAGGUUAUCACCGUGUUUUGCGAAUGCGGAAUAUGGUCCUAUCAUUUCGAUUGUGUUCGGAGGGAAAUUUUCACACAAAUGGGCAAUUUCAAAUGCCCCCGUUGUGGAAUCGACGAGCAAAUGGACCAACAAUGUGCCACCCAGGGACUAAUUCCGAUAAAAUUCAAGUGCGAAAUUGAUGAGAAUUCGGCGAAUCGAUGCCGAAAUGGCUGUAUUUGUCCUCUGGGUGCCGAGCGAUUCGCGCUCGCCGUCGAGCACGCGCCGUUAUUUGAAAAACUCGAGUGUCGCGGAAAAAUUGAAUGCAAUCAGAUCUCGCAUCGCAUUUGUGCGGGAAUUUUCUAUGGAUUACAACCCUAUCUCAGCAAGAAGUUUUCGGCGAUUCCAUGGUAUUGCCGAAAGUGCGAAGUUGAAUACGGGCAAUCAGUGAUUUAUCGAAGUAUUCCAAAUGACCCAUUAUCGAAGGAAAUUAAUGCCCUAAUAAGGAAAUUUAAGCUCACAAAUUUUGUGGAACUUCUGGAUCGUCCAACGAUUGAACUACAAAACGAGGCGGCCGUCGUAUAUUUGAGAGGUUGGUAA